CGAUUUGCCAUCGUUACCAGUAGAUGUAGAUACCGGAGCCACAACUCACAAGGAAAAACAAAGGUCAUCGUGGGGAAUUUUCCGGCUAGGCGACAAUUUUCCAUUAUUCGAGUGAAAAAUGUUCGGCAAAAGUUUUCGUCAUCUAUCAACAGUUCUCAAGACUCAACCGAUCCGAACCAAACAUGAACUUCCCCAACUGCCCUAUUCCUACGAAGCUUUGGAGCCUAUUAUAUCCCGAGACAUCAUGAUGUUGCAUCACCAGAAACAUCACCAAACCUAUGUAACCAAUUUAAAUCUUGCCGAAGAGAAAUUAAGGAGCGCAGCAGAGAAGCACGAUAUUACUGCAAUGAUAUCUUUGCAACCCGCCGUGAAGUUUAACGGCGGCGGUCACAUUAAUCAUUCAAUCUUCUGGCAAAAUCUCUCGCCUAACCAAACGAAAGCUAGCGACGAACUUUGCCAGGCCAUGGUCCAGAGCUUUGGUUCCUUUGACAAGUUUAAAGACGAUUUAUCCGCCGCUACGGUCGCGAUUCAAGGCUCCGGAUGGGGAUGGCUCGGUUAUUGCACAAAGACGCACCGUUUGAAGAUAGCAACGUGCGCCAAUCAAGAUCCGUUACAAGCCACAACGGGUUUAGUACCAUUAUUCGGUAUUGACGUCUGGGAGCACGCGUAUUACUUGCAGUACAAAAAUGUACGACCAGAUUAUGUCAAGGCAGUUUUUGACAUUGCCAAUUGGAAGGAUAUUUCAGAGAGAUUCGCAAAGGCUAAAGCCACCAAGUGAAUAAGUUUGUCAUAUUUUUAUAGCAAUAAAUGUUAAGGAAUGUA